UUAAAGUAAAGACUCCGGCUGCUCUGUCUUCAUUGUGCUCCUGAGGCUCACUGCUGCAACGUCCCUCUCUGUACAGCUGCCAGGAACAACUGUGCUGCAAUGCUUAAUCACACAGUGAAGCUGGUUUCGCAACUCUGACUCUACUAACUCAACGCACUUACAAUACCUCGGUCCGUCCACAGAUUGGUCUACAAAAUGGCUCAGAAUAACUGUCAUUAUAAUGAGAGCAUGCAGUUCUUCUACGACAAAGUCGGUAAGAGACAAAACUUGAACAGCACCAUGCUCAUCACGGUCCAAGUGGUCGGCUCCACCUUCUGCAUCUUCAUCCUGGUUGCUAACUCUAUGGUAAUUGCUGCUGUAAUAACCAAUAAGAGGUUUCACUACCCCUUCUACUACCUUCUUGCCAACCUCGCUGCCUCGGACUUCUUGGCGGGCAUAGCGUACGUGUACCUCAUGUUCAACACAGGUGACGUGUCGCCAACGCUGACUAUUCGCGAGUACUUUUUCCGCCAAGGACUUCUGGAUGUCAGUCUGUCGGCGUCCCUGGCCAAUCUUCUCGUCAUUGCGCUGGAGCGCUACAUCUCUGUGAUGAACUGGAAAGUCCACAGCAACCUGACCAAGAGAAGGGUGACCUUGUUGAUCGUCCUGGUGUGGAGCAUCUCUAUCUUCAUGGGGGCGGUGCCCAGCAUGGGCUGGAACUGCAUCUGUAGCCUGGACAGUUGCUCAGCGAUGGCUCCCAUCUUUAGCAGGAGCUACUUGAUUUUCUGGUCGGUUUCCAACCUGAUUAUUUUUGUUGCCAUGGUGGCAAUCUACAUGAGGAUCUACGCUUACGUCAAGAGGAAGACAACGAUGCUGAUGUCACACACCUCCAGUUCCCUCAACCGCAAGAGAACGCCUAUCAAGCUCAUCAAGACGGUCAUGGCUGUGCUCGGAGCCUUUGUGGUCUGCUGGACCCCCGGUCUUAUUGUCAUGCUCUUGGACGGCCUGAAAUGCGAGGACUGUAAGCUGCAGAAACUGAAGAGCUUGAUGCUGCUUCUGGCUGUUGCCAACUCCGUCAUGAACCCCUGCAUUUACUCCUACAAGGACGAGGAGAUGUGGACAACGUUCAAAAACCUCAUGCGCUGCAUCGGAAACGGCACGCGGCGACAGCGGUCGACGCGUGCCAAUGCCAAGCCGCUGGGCUCCAGUCAGGACGCGAGCACGAGUCCACCGGCCUCAGAGGAAAGAAAAAGUGAUGACAAUGCAUCAUUCGAUUCGUGAAACAUCGUCUUGUGGUGGCUUUUGCAGAACUGCUCUCCCAGUUGUACACGCGGAAGCGUUGUGGCGACUCUGCCGACUCGGACAAAGACAGUUUAUCUGUAGCGGUUCUCCACGGGUUUUCCUCAGCUUGAAAAAGUUUUCUUGAAGAGACUCUGCAGACCAUCUGGCCAAAUGAAAAGAGAUAAGAUAACUUUAUGCGCUACUUAAUUCUCUAAUGGCUGUAAAGAUGUCCGGUUUUACUAGAGUUUCAUCCAUUUGGGCACAUUGCUCCCAUCCAUGCUUAAUGGGAGAUUCAUUCCAUUUUCAUCCCGUUUUCUGUCAGUGUCAUCAGAUCUCUGACUCAUCCUGAGAGAGGGUGAUGCUGCGCCGCAGUGAUUGAUGAAGUAGCUGCAUUCAAUCAUUUUGAACCCUCAAGUGUAAAAGUUGUAUGAAGCAGGAUGUAGUUUAGUUUGAAUUAGGCAUUUGUUGAUAUUUGUUGUAAAUAGAUUUUUUUUUUUUUUUUACUGCAUGUGUAGUUUAAAAACUAUAAUGGAGGAUUUUGAAUUAAAUAUUCUUGGGCAGGGCUGCAUUUUAAAGUUAUGUGUUUGUGUAAAUGACUGUAAACUGCUGUAAAGAGGAUCUCUGUACUUGAACAUAGCAUAAGAAGAUUUUUCUUAAAUACCCUUUUUAUACCUCUUGAUCAGAUUUUGUUUUUCAUACCCAAUCCAUCUCCUCUUUUUUUUUAUUACUCGUGGAAACUAAAACUUCCUGUUAAGAACCUGAUGAAGACAAACAGGCUUUUCUGCACCAUUUU